UACCAGUACAUGGAUGAGUGAUUUCGUUUUUAGAUACAUGUCAAAAGUUUGUACAGUCAGCCAUGUUUAUCAUUUUUACAUAAAUGGAUUAAAUUAUGAAUAAUUGUUGUUGACCUUGAUGUUCUUAACAAUUCUUUUGGUGAUUCUCUAACAAUUUUCCUCAGUGUAUAAAGACAAAGCACACACAAGGAAACUCAGACAAUUAAUUAUGAAUUUUCUACUUGCUGAAGAUUUACUCUGUUAUCUCAAUAUUGGCACAAUGGAGUAUCUGUGACCUUUAUCAGUGACAAAUAAAAAGUUUAAGUUUGAAAACUACCUGUGUGCUUUUCAGGUCAAUUAACCUUAUAACUGAACUGAAUUCAAUAUGGAAAGAAGAUCUAGAUAAAGUUUUACAACUUAGAGCCAGACAGGGAUAAAUAAACACAAAAGAGUGAAAUCAGCUUUACUUUAUGAUGGCGACAUUAUAUUGUGGUGAACAGAAAAACAACUUGGAAUUAUAUUUAAAUGAUGUUUAUGAAAAGGAAUGUGUAUUCAAAAUAGAACAGGAAGAGGUUGAGUUUAUUCAGACAGGGAUAGAGACUCUUGUACAGGAUCUAGUUGAUCAAAUACUAGCAUAUGAUUCAUUUGAUCAACUAAUAUCUGACGAAAUUGAUAAAGAUAUUAAUAUGAACCUAUUAAAAGAGAAAAUUUAUAAUAAAAAGAAUAUAGUUGAAGUCUAUUUCCCCAUACAGAGUGACUGUUCGCUCCAAAGACAUGUAGCUGAAAAUGCAAGUUAUAUAAAAACUGUCAAGAGUACUAUCAUAAAGGUUGGUAGCUUUUAUGAUGGAACAAAGAAUAACUUUCCUGAUGAGUUUGACUUUAUUUUUCUUCUUCUAGGCUUAAGAAAAUUCCAAGUUUCGCCAAGUUUCCCUUUUUAUUUAUUGAAAAACCAUUUUCGCAAAACAACUGAUAUAUAUGGAAUGUUCUUACACUAUACCUCUCUGAGUGAAAAUCAUCAAGUAACACGAAAACUAGAUUUUGAAAAAUUUAUAGGCAGGCAUGGUCCAGCAUUUAAGGUGCAGUUCAUUUAUAGUAAUGGAUUUGGAGAACAAAGACCUAUACAUGUUGAUCUUGUACCAGCAUUCAAAAUUAUUAAUAGUAAUACUCAACAGAUGUUUGUGGAGAAGGUUAGAAAUAAUGUGGAGCCAAAAACAAUCCGUGAAGGGAUCUUGUCAGUAGGAAGUUGCCUCCUUGUAUAUGAUUUAACAUUUACCGAGAUAGAGCAGCAUUUCAUGAAGAAUAUUCUGUCACAAAAACAUGUGAAAGUAACCAGGAUCUUAAAACAUCUUCUAAAUGGAAAUGGUGAUGGUGAAAAGCUUAACGAAUACUUAUCCAAAAAGGUUGAGGUUCACUAUACCUCAUAUCGUAUUAAAAUACUAAUGAUCUAUCAUCAUGAAGUCUGUACAAACACGGACACAGGAGACGUAGGACCUUAUGUUCUACAGGUGUUGAAGAAACCGAGUAAAUAUAAAUCUCCUGACAGCUUUCCUGAAUUUACCGUCUCUCUUUUACUUCCAGGUGCGUUUUGCGUGUUACCAUACUUAAAAUCAACAACAACAACUUUGCAGUCAAUGCAGACAUCAGAGAACAGUUACAACUAUGAGAGAGACAAAAUAAAAUCAGUAUCAAGACAAUAUUUGGACUCUGUUGCUUUACUUGAAAAAAUUAGACAAAGCUGUGUUAUGUUAUAACAAAAAGAUCCCUUCAAGGCAUUAAAUGCAACCAUCCAAAAUAUUUGCAGACUUGGUUCAACUGCGUCUUCUCAAGAGAGAUAAUGUAAAAUACAACAUCAGGUUUCUAAUAAAAGAUACAGUAAGAAUG